GCAAAAACUAAUUAGUACUACCAUACGAGCAAACUCUUUCCUUAUGAAUUUUUUGUCAACGUGGUUUUUAAACAGUAAUGGCCGGGCUUUCUAUGCUGUAUAAUGCAGCCAUUGCAAGUACUUUUAUGAAGAUACUGCUUUUUCCAUGCUAUCGCUCCACUGACUUUGAGGUUCACAGAAAUUGGUUAGCAAUAACUCAUUCAUUACCCAUUUCUCAAUGGUAUACUUCAGCAAUUUCAGAGUGGACAUUGGAUUAUCCUCCAUUUUUUGCAUAUUUCGAAUUUGUUCUUUCUUGGAUUGCAAAAUUACUUGGUUUUGACACAGAAAUGCUGAACCCGUAUAAUUUGAACUAUGCGUCUCCUUCAGUAAUUAUAUUUCAAAGAAGCUCAGUUAUUAUUUCUGAAUUGGUACUUCUUUGGGCCUUACGAGAAUAUGUCUAUUCUUACCCUGAAAAUAGUAGAGGAAACGCUGUACUCACGGCAAUAGACACGUUUUUAUCUCCUGGAUUUGUUUUGAUAGAUCACAUUCAUUUCCAGUAUAAUGGCUUUCUUUUUGGAUUAUUGAUCUGGUCUCUUAUAUUAACCAAGCAAAAUCGACUACUUAUGUCAGCAGCAGUAUUUACAACACUCCUUUGCUUCAAGCAUAUAUUUUUAUAUAUUGCUCCAGCUUAUUUUAUAUACCUUUUACGAGUGUAUUGUUUUAGCAUAUCCGGAUUUCGCCCACAAGUACUAAACACUAUGAAGCUAGGACUCACUGUUAGUAGUAUUUUCCUUUUAGCAUUUGGUCCAUGGAUUUAUAUGGGACAGACACCACAGGUCUUCUCUCGACUUUUUCCAUUUUCUAGAGGUCUUUGCCAUGCUUAUUGGGCACCAAAUUUCUGGGCACUUUACUCCUUCUUUGACAGGAUUGCUUAUGCUUUCUUGCCUCGUCUUGGAUAUUCUUUUCCUGAGGUACCUUUUACAAACGCUCCUACGCGUGGGCUAGUCGGUGACACAACUUUUGCAGUUUUGCCAAAUAUUUCUCCCUCUUUUACUUUUUAUUUAUGCCUGGCUCUGCAAAGUUGCGUAUUACUCAAGUUGUUUUUCCGUCCUACGUGGCGCGUAUUUGUUGGAGCCACUACACUGUGUGGUUGGAUCAGCUUUUUGUUUGGCUGGCAUGUUCAUGAAAAAGCAAUCAUGAUUGUCAUCAUUCCUUUCAGUAUUCUGUCUUUAAUAGAUCGUCGUUAUUUGGAGGCUUUCCGUCCGCUGGCCGUUGCGGGUUAUAUUUCUUUGCUUCCUUUGAUAUUUACCCCUCAAGAAGCUCCCAUCAAAUAUCUUUUCACUGGCGCAUGGGUCGCUGUUCUGUUGACUUUUGAUAAAUGUGCUCCUGUUCCUCUUAGAAGGGUAUUCUUGCUUAACAGAGUUAAUCUUGCUUAUGUGGCUGGGUUCGUUCCUUUGUUUAUUUAUAACAUAUUUUUUCAUAACCUUGUAUUUGGUGGGCGAUACGAAUUCUUGCCAUUAAUGCUUCUAAGUACUUAUUCAGCUUGGGGAGUUUUUUGGGCUUUCAUCAGCCUCUCUUGGCUUUAUUUCACGGAUCUAAAAUAGCUCUUUCUGAAAAAAAAAAAAGAAAGAAAGAACAAUGAUAUAGAAAAGGUUCGGUUAUUGAGUUUGAUGAUUCUUAAUGAUAUAUUCUUAAUGUCGCUAAAUGGCAAAAAACUUGAAGAGCAAUCCUAUUACAUUCUUUUUUUUUUCUCAUAAUUGGACAGCUUGAGUUCCAUUAUAAACGCUUAACAUCUGUUUACAAUUUGCUAACAAAUAUUUAUAUACUGAUUACUUCUUUGUCUGCUCAUGAGUUGCCAAAAAGACAUUAGAUGAAUAUUUGGGAAAGUAAUCAAUGUGCUAAAAAGUACAUCUAUCGGUUUCCUCGCUCGAUGUACUCACUCUUCUAACAAGUUUGGGCUUGAAAAGAAAAGCAACCCAAUUACUUAAUUUCUUACAAUAACAUAGACAGUGAAUGAAAAGAAACUUCUAUAGCACCUUUCCUU